AUCAAAUUCCAGAGCAGCAGAGCUCUCACAGUUGCUGUCUCUCCGAGCUUCACACAUCAGCGUCGACCUUACCACGUAAGCACAACGCCCAGAUGGAGGCCCAGUGCAAGGAGGCGGCCGCCCUGGUGAAAAAGAUCGCCAGCAUCCACGCCGCCCUCUCCAAGCUGCCGCCCCUGAGCCCGUCUUCCGACGCCGACGCGCUGUUCACCACGCUCGUCGCCGCGUGCGUCACGUCGAGCCCCGCCGUCAAUGUCACGUCGCUGGGCCCCGAGGCCGGGAGGAUGCGUGACGACCUCGUCCGACUCUGCGCGGACGCCGAGGCGCGCCUCGAGGCACAAUGCGCCGACGCGCUCGCCGCCCUCGACGGCGACCCGCUCGACCACCUGGGGCGCCUCUUCCCGUUCUACGACAGCUACGCCCGCCUGGGCGAGCUGGAGCACGCGCUCUUAUCCCGGCACGCGCCGGACCACCUCGCCGUGCCCGCGCGCGUCGCGUUCCUCGGGUCGCUGCCGCUCAGCCCGCUCCUGGUCGCCGCGCGCCACAUGACGGACGCGGCCGUCGACUGCUACGACCGGUGCGCCGCGGCCAACGACCGGGCGAGCAGGCUGCUGCUGCGCCCGCGCGCCGACGACGACGAGAAGCGUGGCGGCCUGGCCGAACGCAUGUCGUUCCGCACGGCCGACGUCGAGGACCUGACGCGCGAUCUCGCCGCGUACGACGUGGUCCUCCUGGCGGCGCCCGUCGGCGUGUCGCCGGGGCAGAAGGCACGCGUUGUGGCGCACCUGGGCGAGCACAUGGCGGAUGGCGCGGUGCACGUCGCGCGGAGCGCGCACGGGGCACGCGGGUUCCUGUGCGCCGUCCUGGAACCCGCGGACGUCGCCCGGGGCGGGUUCCAGGUGCUGGCGGUGCACCACCCCGACGACCGCCAGGUGAUCAACUCCAUCAUCGUCGCCCGUAAGGUGGCGGCUGUGGGUGGACUCUCCCAGCUCGCGCCGCCGGUGUUGAGCCCGCCGUGCAAGUGCUGCGAGUCAAAGACACCGCGCAGGAGACUGCUGCCGACGACCUGCCACCUCGACGCGAUGAACGAAAUCCGUAGGCGCGCAUAGUAAAUGGUACUACCCUAAAAAGUUGAGUGAUGAACGAAAUCCAUAGGCGCGAAUGAACGACUGCCAUGGGUGAUGUCACUUGCUACUUGUUACUGCACUUACCAGCAUAGGCCAUACUGAGACAGAGUACUGAGUUACGAGUACCAUCUAUAUGUAUGUACUCCCACCGAAAAAUACAGGGGGUUUGUAGCUGCAAUAACGGUCAGAAUAAAAAGGAAUUCUUCUC